CGACGCUCACAAGCAAGCGCCACGGACCCAAGACGCACAAGCUCAGACAGUCGUACGACAGUCGAGAAAGGGAUCGACGGCAACGACAGUCAGAAGUCAGCGCUGGGUCCACCCUCUGAUCGCAUGGACGACGCCGCCACCCCGGUGCCCUGGCGGUCGGUACUCCCCAUCCUCGGAGUCAUGUUUGUCGACGGCGUCAACAUGAUGCUCGUCUUCCCGUUCGUCCCGUUCCUGGUGCGAUCGACGCUGCGGCUGAGCCUCGAGGACCCAAACACGCCGCUGAUGUCCGGCCUGAUGGGCGCCGCCUUCCUUCUCGGCCAAUUCUUCGCGUCGCCGGUCUACGGCCCGCUCAGCGACAGGCGCGGCCGUAGACCGGUGCUGCUCUCGUGCAUGGCCGUCUCGACCGCCUUCCUGCUGGCUUUCGGCCUCGCCGAGUCGUACUGGUUCGCGAUGGCCUGCCGCUUCCUGCAGGGCCUGAGCGCCGGCGCGCUCACCGUCGGCAAGCUCUACCUGGUCGACAUCAGCGACGCGACCAACGAGGCUCGCAUCUUCUCGUACAUCGGGGUGGCGAUGGGGUCCGGGGCGAUCUGCGGGCCGAUGCUGGGCGGGCUCCUCUCCAACCUGCCCCCCGCCUCGGCACCCGACGGGCCGAUCCGGCUCGUGCUCGAGCGCUACCCGUACCUCCCGCCGUGCGCCGCCGCCGCGGCCAUGGCUGGUGUGGUGUGGCUAGCGACCGCCCUCCACUUGCGUGAGACGCUGCACCAGGGCGACGCCUCGCUCUCCGCUGCGCUGAUGGCUCCGCCGCGCACCUCUCCGCGGCUGCGCACGCCGCGCAAGCCUCUCUCGUCGGGCGCCGCCUUCGUCGCCGGCCCCGCCCGCACGACCGUCGCAGGCGGAGGGCCGCUGCCGCGAGGGCGCGGAGCUCUCGCGGCAGACGCGCACGCGGAAGGCUCCGAGAAGGGCCGGAGAGGACCCGCAGAUGCGCAGGCGGACCCGGCCCGCCGCAGCGGGUGCGAGCUGGUGUGCCAGCAGCUCUCGCGGCCGUGCGUGCUCGUCGGAGCGGAGGAGGUGCCUCCGGCGGUGGAGCGGUGCCUCUCGCGCCGCUCCGCCUCGAGCCGAGCCUCGUCUCGGUCGGCGUCGAUGGAGCUCGGCGUGGCCGAGGCGGUCGAGCCGUACUCGCCGCCGCCCACCUCGCCAAACGGCUUCUACGACGCCGCGAGCGUUGCGGCGGCCGCAUCGCUCGCGGCAGACAGCUCGGUCCGCGCCGACCGAGCAGGCGCGUUCUGGCUUGUGCAGCUGCACUGCUUUCUCUUUUGCUUCACCGUCGUCGGGCUGAGCGACGUGCUGCCCGUGUUCCUCGCGACGCCGGCACGCCGCGAACGGAGUUCGGUAUACCACGGCGGACUCGGCUUCAGCUCGUCCUCCAUCGGGAUGCUGCAAACAGUUGUGGGGGUGACGUCGAUCCUCGUCGCCCUGCUGCUCACCUACAGGGUCAUCGACGCUUUUGGGCCUGUCGGCGCCAUGCGGGUCGGCCUCGUUUCCAUCGCACUGGCUCCGCUCCUUCUCGCCGCCACACCCGCCGCCGCAGCGCUGCUGCCCACGACUGCCGUCGCGAGAGCGGGGGCGCUGCUGGCGGCAUGCAGCUACAUGCUGUGCUCGGUCAGCCGCAACCUCAUCUACACCGCGAGCCUCACCCUCUCCAAGGCGUGUGCAUCCGGACCGCCGGGCGUCGUGUUCGGCAUCAACCAGCAGGCGUGCUUCCUUGGAGCGAUGCUCGGCCCGAUAGGCGCGGGUCUCGGCUACACCGCAUUCCUCGCUUGCCUCGGCUCGGCCACCUACUUCUUCACCGCCCUCGCGGCGCUCGGAGGCAUUGCCAUUCUGGUCCACCUGCGCUUGCCACCGUGGCCGUGGUAAGCGGGGAUCAGCCCUUUAGGAUCCCCAGCCAUCACUUUUUAGUAAAUAUAAUAAAGGGG